AUGCCCGCCAUUCAUCGCGCCCUUCCAGCGCUACGGCGCAUUCGCAUUGCCAACGCAACCUUCCAACAAGCAUCCCGCAUCCGACUUCAACCCUCCGCAGCGGCAGCAGCAUCACGUCCCGCAUACCAACUCCGCUAUCAACAUGCCGAAGCACAAACAGAAGCCGAGCCGACCACCUCCGCGUCCGGUGCAGACCAUGCACCGCAAGAACAACCCGACCGACCACAGCAAAAGAUCAAGUUCACAGCCGAUUCCUACCCGAGCCUGAAGCGAGAUUCACGCUUCAAGGAGCUUACGGAAGACGAUGUGAAGUACUUCAAGGAGUUGCUGGGUUCGGAAAGCGCGGUCAUUGACGGCGUGACGAAGGAUGCCUUUGAGGAGUUGGAUGCAUUCAACGCGGAUUGGAUGCGGAAGUAUCGGGGUCAAUGUCGGCUUGUGCUGAAGCCGGAGAGUACGGAGCAGGUCAGCAAGAUAUUGAAGUAUUGCAACGACAACAUGCUGGCUGUCAACCCUCAAGGCGGUAAUACGGGACUCGUUGGUGGUAGUGUUCCAGUAUUCGACGAGAUCGUUGUCAACUUGGCUCGUAUGAACAAUGUCCGCUCCUUCGACGAAGUCUCCGGCAUACUUGUAGCAGACGCAGGUGUGAUUUUGCAACAAGCAGAUGAUCAUGCAGCGCAACACGGCCACAUCUUUCCAUUGGACCUAGGCGCGAAGGGCAGCUGCCAGAUCGGCGGUAACGUGGCCACAAACGCCGGCGGACUGCGCUUAUUACGGUACGGCAGUCUACACGGCAACGUUCUGGGCCUCGAAGCUGUACUCCCCGACGGCACGAUCGUCGACGAUCUAUCAACACUCCGCAAGAACAAUACAGGGUACGACCUCAAACAGCUCUUCAUCGGCGGCGAAGGCACCAUCGGCAUCGUCACCGCCAUCUCCAUCCUUUGCCCGCAACGAAGUCCAGCAGUCAACGUGGCGUACUUCGGUCUGGAGAGCUACGAGAAAGUGCAGCAAGCGUUCCGUGAAGCGAAGAAGCAGCUCAGCGAGAUCCUCUCCGCUUUCGAAAUGAUGGAUGGGCAGGCGCAAAAAUUGUACGCCAAAGCAAACGGCGCACGACUGCCGUUAGAGGGCGAGCACCCUUUCUACUGUUUAAUUGAAACGAGCGGAUCGAACACGGAUCACGACAGCGAGAAGCUCAACACCUUCUUGGAGCACGUCAUGGGUGAGGAGAUUGUCUCUGACGGCGUGGUGGCGCAGGAUGAAUCGCAGCUCCAGUCACUGUGGGCGUGUCGCGAAGGGAUAUCAGAAUCCUCCCAGCAUUUCGGCGGAGUGUACAAGUACGAUCUUUCCAUCCCGCUGCCGCAACUUUACAGCUUGGUGGAAGAAGCGCGCUCACGCUUCGAAUCCAACGGAUUGAUGGGAGAUUCUGACGACUUCCCCGUUAUGGACGUGAUUGGCUACGGACACAUGGGUGACAGUAAUCUGCACCUCAACGUGGUAUGUCGGCGUUACGAUAAGGAAGUGGAGAAGGCGGUGGAGCCGUGGGUGUAUGAGUGGGUGGCCGAAAGGAAGGGGAGUAUCAGCGCGGAGCAUGGGUUGGGCUUGGCGAAGAAGCCAUUUAUUGGCUAUUCGAGGAGUGAGACGAUGGUUAAGUUGAUGAGGCAGGUGAAGGAGUUGUAUGACCCGAAUGGGAUCAUGAACCCGUAUAAGUAUAUAUAG